CGUUCACACAUUAUCUUCUUUUCUUUUUUUCAUUCACACAUUAUUAAAAAAAGACAAAUAUGGCAAAAAAGAGCUAUGAGACAGUCCUCUGUUUCUUCUUGUUUUUCUUCAUCAUAAGCUUUAGUACCAUUUCUGUUUCUGCACAAGUUUGUGAAAACACUACUGGAAUAUUCAUACCCAACAGUCCUUAUGACAACAACCGUCGUCUCAUCCUCUCCACACUCGCUUCUAACGUUACGGCUCACGACGGCUACUUCAACAGUUCGAUCGGGCUUGGUCCAGACCGAGUCUACGCCAUGGGGAUGUGCGCUCCAGGCGCUGAACCUAUUGUUUGCUCUCAGUGUAUUGAGACCGCUUCUGAUGGCUUACUACAGCACUGUCUAAACGAGGUAGACGCUUUCUCAUGGUCAGGUGACAAAACCCUUUGCCUAGUUCGCUACACUAACCGCUCCUUCUCUGGAUUACUCGUCAUGAAGCCACUUGGAGCGAUCUCAAGUACUGCAUACACCAAUCUGAAUCAGACGUACUUUGAUAGCGUAUGGACAAAGUUAAUGUUUGGUAUGAUCGCUAACAUCUCAUCUUCCUCAUCAGCGGGCACGUCUAAGUUCUAUGCAGAUGAAGACGAUGCGGUUACAUUACCGGAUUUUAGGAACAUAUCUGCGUUGAUGCAAUGCACACCAGACGUUUCUUCUAAAGAUUGUGACGUUUGCUUAAGAAGAAACGUUAUUGACUAUCAGACGUGUUGCCGUAGGAAGCAAGGUGGAGUUAUAUCUCGACCAAGUUGUUUUUUCCGGUGGGAGUUGUAUCCAUUCUCUGGUGCUUCAGAUCUUAUUUCCUUACAGCCUUCAACGCCGCCCUCUCUUACACCAUCUCCUGUUUCCAGAGAACCGUCUCUCGAUGUUUCCAAGAAAGAUACAAGAAUCUCCGGAGGAGUUAUUGCAGCAAUUGUCGUUUCUGUUCUUGUUGCCACAAUAUUGAUUACUCUAGGCGUUGUUAUUUUCAAGAAGAGAAAGCAAAAGCAAUAUAUUGAACUUCCAACCGAAUCGAUCCAGUUUGAUUUAAGCACAAUUGAAGCUGCUACAAACAACUUUUCUGAGCGUAACAAGCUUGGCGAAGGAGGAUUUGGUGAGGUUUACAAGGGUAUGCUCAUGGAUGGUACUGAAGUUGCCGUGAAGAGAUUGUCUAAAACAUCAGGACAAGGUGAAGUAGAGUUCAAGAACGAGGUGAUUGUUGUUGCAAAACUUCAGCACAGAAAUCUUGUUAGACUUCUUGGGUUUUCAUUACAAGGAGAAGAGAAGUUACUGGUCUAUGAGUUUGUUCCUAACAAAAGCCUCAACUAUUUUCUCUUCGACUCUAAGAAGAGAACUCAGUUGGACUGGACAGUUCGAUGCAACAUCAUUGGGGGAAUUACUCGAGGGAUUCUAUAUCUUCAUCAAGAUUCACGGCUCAAGAUCAUACAUCGUGACCUCAAAGCGAGUAAUAUUCUGUUAGAUGCUGAUAUGAAUCCCAAAAUCGCUGAUUUUGGAAUGGCAAGGAUAUUUGGAAUCAACCAAACUGUAGCCAAUACAUCAAAAGUGGUCGGAACCUUUGGUUAUAUGCCACCUGAGUAUGUGGCAAAUGGGCAGUUCUCGACUAAAUCAGAUGUCUAUAGCUUUGGAGUAUUGAUUCUUGAGAUCAUUAGUGGCAAAAAGAAUAGCAGCUUCUACCAGACGGAGGGUCUAGUUAACAACUUAGUCACUUAUGUUAGCAAUUAUGAACUAAUAAGUCCCAAAUUUUGUUUAAUUCUUUUAAAUUGAUCAUAGUUAUAACUAACUAUAUUACAAUAAUUUGUACAGGUCUGGAGACUUUGGGAGAAUAAAUCAUUGCAUGAACUCGUAGAUCCUGGCAUCAGAGAAGAUUGUAAAAGCGAUGAAGUCAUUAGAUAUAUUCAUAUUGGGCUGCUAUGUGUUCAAGGAAAUCCUGCAGAUCGUCCAACAAUGUCUACCAUUCACCAAAUGCUUACAACCAGCUCAAUUGCAUUGCCUGUCCCUCUGCCACCUGGAUUCUUUUGCAGUAACGAAUCAAGAUUGUCUCCACUAGCCCAGGGAUUGGAGCCGGGUCAGUUCAACAGCAAGUCUUUUACUUGUUCUGUAGAUGAAGCUACAAUCACCGAUGUUAUUCCUCGUUGAAUACUCAGCAGCAUUGUUAUGUUUUGUUUACGUUUGUUUCCACAAACGCAUGUGACGUUUUCAUAUAGGUUGUUACUCAAUAACAAAUAUAAUUUCAUCUAGAACGAAAAUCAAACUCACAAACUCGAUGACACACUUGCAUAAGUAGGUCAAGG